GUCUUUCAGCGUUGUCUUUUGUUUCAUUGGAUAACUGGAUUGAUUCUCCUCCAUCCACGCAUUAUUUCAGGAACAAUUGUGAAGACCAGAAUAUAUUUGACAGAAAAUUAUAUUUCAAGCAGCUUCAUUUGGAGUCCUGAGUCACAAAAGGUUCAUCAAAGAGGAUAAGCAGGAGCUCAAUUUGUAGGAUAGGAACAUAUAAUUUGAAGUUUAUAAUAAUUAUGUUCGUUGAAUUAUAAAAGAAAAGAGGAGGGGUAAGAGGCCAAUGGGUGGGGAGAGGCUAAUUCCUGGAGAAACUCAGGAUCUGUCUCUACCCAGCGGCCAACAAGAGAGGAUUCAAGUUCUGGUUAGAUUAAGGCCUUUGAACGACAAAGAAAUUGCAAAGAAUGAUGUCUCAGAUUGGGAAUGCAUUAACAAUAACACCAUCAUCUUCAAGAAUACAUUACCGGAACGGUCCAUGUUCCCAGCAGCCUACAGUUUUGUGAUUUUUUUUUUUUUCCGUCUCGUCCGCUACUUCGUUUCUGUCAAUAUAUCUGGAUUAGACAGAGUAUUUGAAAAGGACUGCACCACAAAGGAAGUGUAUGAGGAGGGAGCCAAAGAAGUUUGCCUUUCUGUAGUCAGUGGCAUUAACUCAAGCAUUUUCGCCUAUGGCCAAACAAGCAGUGGGAAGACAUAUACAAUGCGUGGCAUUACUGAAUAUGCUAUAUCAGAUAUAUAUGAUUACAUAGAAAAGCAUAAAGAAAGAGAAUUCGUGUUGAAGUUUUCUGCAAUGGAGAUUUACAAUGAAUCUGUCAGAGACCUCAUCUCAGAUACCACUCCACUUAGACUCCUAGAUGAUCCUGAGCGAGGGACCGUCGUGGAGAAACUCACCGAGGAGACAUUGAGAGACCAGAGCCAUCUGGAGGAGCUCCUUGCUAUCUGUGAAGCUCAACGACAGAUAGGAGAGACCUCUCUAAACGAAACCAGCUCCAGAUCCCACCAAAUUUUGCGAUUGACAAUUGAAAGUUCUGCUCGUGAAUACAUUGGCGCUGACAAAUCAGCCACUCUAGCAGCUACUGUGAAUUUUGUAGAUCUUGCUGGCAGCGAGCGCGCUUCUCAGGCGUUAUCAGCUGGUGUAAGAUUAAAAGAAGGUUCCCACAUUAAUCGCAGUUUGUUGACACUGGGAAAAGUAGUUCGCACAUUAAGCAAGGGAAGGAACACACACAUACCUUAUAGAGACUCUAAGCUGACAAGAAUUCUGCAAAAUUCCCUUGGAGGCGAUGCCAGAACAGCCAUCAUUUGCACUCUGAGCCCUGCUCACAGUCAAAUUGAGCAAUCAAGAAAUACCCUUUUGUUUGCUUCCUGUGCUAAAGAAGUAGUUACUAAUGCACAUGUCAAUGUGGUGAUGUCCGAUAAGGCAUUAGUAAAGCAGUUACAAAGAGAAUUGACUAAAUUGGAAAGUGAGAUGAAGAGCCAGCGAACAACUUCAGGGAAAUAUGAUUAUACUGCAUUGCUGAAAGAGAAAGAGAUUAUUAUAGAACAGAUGGAAAAAGAGAUAAGAGAAUUGACUCAGCAACGUGAUCUUGCUGAAUUGAGGAUAGAGAAUUUGCUACAUUCAAGAUUCGAUGAAUAUUCAGCAUCAAGCUCACCAGAUGCCACCAAUUCUCUUCAUGCAGGGCUUGAAACACCCAACAAAACUCCCAAGUUUCAGAAUUCUGAGAAUCCUGAAGAAGAUUUUCUGAAGAAUGAAGGCACUCGUAAGUUUGUUGGGCUUGAUCCACGUCAAAGCUGGGAAGAGAGUGCUGAAAAAACAGAUGAAAAACUUGAGGAUACUGGCAAGGAAGUGGAUGACAUUGAAAGGGAUCUGGAACAAUCAUCCCCUCAGAAGAAAGAUAAGGAGUCAAGCCCCUCAAGCAAAGAUCCUAUUUAUGAUGCUUUGAAGCAAAAAAUUGAGGAACUGCAAAGAACCAUCCACUAUCUCAUCAAUUUGAACCCUCAGGAACAAUCUCCUUCUUCUGAUGCAGAUGUGUAUACCUGCAGGAGUGCAAAAAUAAAUAGAAGCACAAGUUGCAGACCCAUGCUCAUGUCAACACCAUCUUCCCUGGCGUUUGAGAAGGCAGGCCACAGUGAGAAUACACCACCUAACUGGUUGGAAGAAAACUUUGCCGGAAGAACUGGACACUUUUAUCCACGUCUUUCUGUACCUAAGCAUGGUGCCAAGUUUGGAAAUGUUUCCAGGAAAGAUUCUCAAACUUCCAUUAGUGAAGCUUCAAUGGAAUCACAAAGCUUUAAAGAGUUAGAUGCAGACUAUACUACUAUUGAUGGGUCUGAAAAAAGCUUCCAUGGAGGACCAGUUGACAUUCAUCAGAGGCUUUCAGAACUAAAGUAUAAUGCCGAGAUUCAAGAUCUUAGCAGAAAGCAUUCUCAGACAGAAGAUUCCAGAAAUGAAAUGAGCAAAGUUCAGUCUCUGAGAAAUUAUGGUGGUCUGGUUCAGAACGCAAUGAUGAAUAAUAUAGAGGACUCUGUAAUGAAGAAAGAAGAGGAUGCUGCACUACAAGUUCCUACUUGGCCUGCAGAAUUCGAUAACAGACGGAAAGAGAUAAUUGAACUUUGGAAUGCAUGCAAUGUACCUUUAGUACACAGAACUUACUUUUACCUGCUGUUCAAAGGUGAUCCAUCUGAUUCUGUGUACAUGGAGGUGGAGCUUAGAAGGCUAACCUUUCUUAAGGGCGGUAAUAUCAGCAAAGAGAAUUUAAAUGCAAGUUUGAAGGCUAUUUAUAGAGAGAGAGAAGCGUUGAGCAAGCAAAUUCAUAAAAAAUUCUCUAAAAAAGAGAGAGAGGAGCUAUACCAGAAAUGGGAUAUUGAUCUGAACACAAAGCAGAGAAGUCUACAGUUAGCACGCCAAAUUUGGGCAUGCACAAAGGACAUGAACCAUAUAGAUGACAGCGCUGCUCUUGUUGCUAAGUUGGUAGGCUUUGUACAGCCAGGCCAAGCCCCCAAGGAAGUGUUCGGACUCAGCCUCUUAGCCGGAUCCCUUAGUCAAAAAUCAUUCAGCUGGAGAUUUAUCAAGUCUACUUCCCUAGUACUUUAAAUUUGUCAGAAGAUAGGGAGAUACCCACAUGUAUAUUUGCUAAUUUUUGGAUGCAUUCAUGUGCUUCAUAUAAUUUACACAGUUCCACUUUCCAUUUA